GAAUUUGAGUAGUAUCUAUUUUAUUGGGUUCUAAGUAUAGCACGGUAUUGCAAGCACUGCUUUGAAAAAUAAGCAAAGAUGGAAGUUAUUGCUUGCAGUAAAUAUGUUGGCAUCGUGAGUGUCUUCGUCUUCGUCUUCCUCUACCUGUCGUGGUGCACACUUUUUGCUAAUGCUCAACCAGGAUUUUUGAGUAUCGAUUGUGGUGGAGAAGGAAGUUACACUGAUCCUAACACCACUAUAACAUGGGUUCCUGAUGACGACUUCAUACACAAUCUCGGCGAGAAAGCAGAAUCAUACUACUCGUACACUGUCAAGUUUUAUUUGACACGCCUCCGAGUGUUUCCCAAGCCUGUUAAUAAGGCUUGCUAUGAAUUGCCCAUCACCCCGAAUUUGCCCCACCUUUUGAGAUUAUCGUUUGUUAAGGCUAAUUCCAGUGCAUCUCGAGGCUUCAAUUACUCUGUGGAGACCCUCGAUAUGCUAUACAUGGAAAAAGUGGUGUUCGACUAUGACAAUUACCUGGUAGUCCGCAGUGGGAAUAUUUUGGUGAGUGCAGACAAAGUGGUGCAUAUUUGCUUGAUCCGGACCUCAGAAUGUGAUGACCCACUUAUCUCGGCUAUAGAGUUGAGACUUCUGAAAGCAGGCAUGUAUGAUAUGGCUAAACCUGGAACCAUGUUGAAUUUGAUAGAAAGAGAUGAUGUGGGAGGUGUCGACAAUAUAACCAGAUAUCCUCAAGACCGAUUCGACCGCUUGUGGUCUCCUUGGUGGCCUCCGGGAACUAAUUUGGUGAAUGUUUCCAAGUCAAUUUCAAUAAGCAACACCAAAAACUUUCCUCCACCUAGUGUUAUGCGGACGGCCGUCGUCGGCAUCACAGACGACUCUGACGGCAUAUAUCUCAGCCUCGGAAAACCCACUACUGGAAAAGCCGUUGUGCUAUUAUAUUUUGCAGAGCUUAAUUCAUCAGAAACCGGAUCUUUCUCAGUGAGAAUUAAUAACGUCAUCCAAAAGUCACCAGUUGUUAUGAAGAAAGCUUUUUCUGCCAUAGAGCUAGACUUCCAAUAUGAUGGAACGAGAGCUGCAAUGGUGAGCCUACAAUCCGAUACCUCUUAUCACAAGCCUGUAAUCAAUGCUGUUGAGAUGUACAGUCUCGUUCCCACCCAGAAAACAACCUUUCGCGAUGACGUUAAUGCUCUUAGAGAGGUGGGGAAAGCGUUAUCCCUCAACAACUGGAUUUCAGAUCCUUGCUUUGGUUUACCGUGGGAAGGAAUCAUCUGCAAAAAUGUCUCUAAUACUAUCAGAAUUUCCCAAAUAAACUUGUCGGGAAAGCAUCUGCGAGGACUCAUACCUCCAAAUUUUCGACAUCUAACCGAACUCGUUUCCAUAUCACUCGACAACAACUAUUUCAAUGGACCAUUGCCUAAUUUGCUCAAUCUUUUCAAAUUAGAGAAACUGAAUCUCCAAAACAAUCAUUUAUCUGGUGAACUUCCAGAUUGGAUAUCUAAACUCCCUCACCUCAAAGAGUUAGAUGUAUCGAACAAUAAUUUUGAGGGUGUCAUUCCACCACAAAUUCUCCACAAGAAAUUUGCAUUCUAUUUCAGCGGCAACAAACACCUUUGCCCAACAAAGCGUGAGUGUCAUGAUCACUUCCCCUCAAUUGCGCUUGGAGUAGCAGGAGGCAUAAUUGCAAUUGCCAUUUUAGUGGGUAUUAUCAUUUAUCGAAUCAAAUUUAAAAAUGCAUGCACUCAACCAACCUCUCUCGGUACGUUUUUUACAUUUACUAGAACGAUACAACACACCAUAAUCACGAAUGAAAUUAAAAAGAGUCUAAAUUUUUCAUCUGAUACAAUCAAACAAAAUGCAGAUUAUUUAAUGGUUAAUGUAGCAAAUUCAUCAAAAUCUCGUGCCUUUACUCUCGAGGAAAUGACGAUGGCUACAAAAAAUUUUACCCAUAAAAUUGGACAUGGGUCGUUUGGAAUUGUUUACUUGGGCAAAUUGCAGGACGAGAAGCAAAUAGCUGUAAAAGUGCUCUCCAUUUUGUCCAAGCAUGGAAUUGAACAAUUCUUAAAUGAGGUUGACCUUCUGUCGAGAAUCAAUCAUAAGAAGUUGGUGUCCUAUCUUGGUUUUUGUAUAUGCAAUGAAUCCAAAGACCUAAUGCUUGUCUACGAGUACAUGUCUGGAGGAUCUCUGAGUGAUAAUCUCUACGUUCCACAGGAGCCAAAAUAUCCCCAACUAGAUUGGAAAACCAGGCUUAAAAUAGCUAUGGAUGCAGCACAAGGACUGGAAUAUCUACAUGUAGGUUGCACUCCAAAAAUAAUUCACAGGGAUGUUAAGACCUCCAACAUUCUUCUAGAUAGUAAUCUGAAUGGCAAACUGGCUGACUUCGGUCUGUCAAGAAUGACUAGCAAUGAGGAAACUUCUCAGAUCAAUACAACUAUAAAAGGAACUCCUGGAUAUUUAGAUCCAACAUAUUACAAAACUCACAUGUUGACGGACAAGAGUGAUGUGUACAGUUUUGGAGUCGUUUUGUUUGAGCUUAUAUGUGGCAGGAAACCCAUAGACACAAAAGUCUCUGCCGAGAAAAUAUUAUUGACUGAAUGGGUUGCAUCAUAUGCGGGAGUAGAUAAAGAUGGCGCCAACAUUGAAGAAAUGGUUGACAAGAGAUUGGGUAAGCGUUACAAUAUGAAAUCCAUCGUUCAUUUGACCAAUCUAGCCUGGAGAUGUAUUGCAAACCAGCCGUCCAGUAGACCAACUAUUAGUGAGGUUGUGGCGGAGAUCAAAGAAGCAGUCACAUUUGAGGAAGAAUAUUAUCAAGUUCCAGAUGAAGUCUCAGUCACGUUCACUAGCAGUUUCUCUAGUUCCUUCUAAUUGGUUUAAUAGGGAUAGUCUACAAUAGCGUACAAAUAAGAAUCUCAAGUUCAGUAUGGUGUUGAAAUUGUAACAGCAUAUUUCUUCGACUUUGAAGUAACGGGUUUUUAAAAUCGUAGAAGGUGCAGGAACCCAAUCUGUAUAUAUUUAAUAUUCAUUGUCUAAUGUUUAUUUAACAUUAGAAAGUUGAUAGAAAUAUUUAAUAUUCAUUGUCUAAUAUUUAUAGGUUGUAAAUGAUGCUAAUUUUGUAUGUAAUAUUGAAUAAUAUAUGUUUGAUCAUUUAUUUAAUUUGAAGUUUAAGUUAUUAGUGAGAGAAAGCAUUACGGGAGAGGAUAUUGUCACA